GGAGAGUUGAGCUUUCUUUCUCCUUCUAGUUCAGUCCUUUGGCUAAUGUGAAAGACCACGCAGAAGCUCUGGAUUUGCUUUUUGUGCUUGACAAAAGUGCAUAGAUAGAAGACAGGGAUCCCCAGCUGGGAGGAGGGAGGAGAGCUGAAGAUCCCUGCUUGAGCUGGCUGAUCUAAGCAGUCAAAGUGGGAGCUGAGUGCUCGAAAGAGGAUUAUGCUCGCACUAGAAAUGAGCAGUAAGUGAGCGAAUAACCAUUACGGUUUAGAAAAGGCUUAAUCCCCCUGGGGUUAUGGGGUGAACUAGAAAAUAUUGCUUAACUCUAGAGUAAAACUGUAAAGAUUCUGACUGUAUACUUGUGUGCUGUUUGGAGACUAGGGGUUUAAGUGCAGAAUCUAAAUUCAUCCUCCCACUUUUGGAAAAUACCAACUUCUACUUACAGUAGUCGGGGCUGUAAUCUCCUUCCCUGUCCUAGCCUCUCCCCAGAAAAGUUUACUGCUAUAUCAGAUAAGGAGUUGGAAUUAAAUUGGAAAGUUGGAAUUUUAUAUUGGCAGAAAUUGCAACCUUGACUUACAUGUUCUGUGAAUGCUGACAUUUUUACAUCAGUCAGCAGUGAUCUGCUAAUCACAAGGAAGUUUGGGGUGGAUCAUUAAAAAGGAAAAAUUGAGAGCUUUUAUGACAAAGUACUGAGUAGCUGAGUAGUCCAUAUGUGUGGGAUAAAAUAUACAAAUGUAUAUAAUGAAUAAUAGGUGGUUUAAAAAAAAGUACUGAACUAGAACAGCAGUCAGGAAACAGAAGUGCUAGGAUAAAAAUUAGAAAAGAAGAAAUUUUUGUUUCAAUGACUUUUUUGCACAGACUAAAUUUUCACAAUGUUUACAAAGCCAAGAUAAUGAUUCAGGGAUACUUCAGUUAUUGUCAUACAUUAUAAAUACUAUUGCUGGGCAAGAGCUGUGGUUCUUCGGUCAGCAAGUUCUGGCAAUGAAGCCACUGCCACUGGUACAAAGAAUUCUGGGAUGUCUGACAGUGAAAUGGAUGGAAGGACCCACACUCCAUCUCUACUUAAUGUCCUUUUGUCCAGAAAUCGUGUCAUGCAAAUGAGCUACUUGAAAAGUAAAGAAAAAGGAUAUGGAAAACUAAGCAGUGACGAAGACCUCGAAAUAAUUGUUGAUCAAAAGCAGGUAGUAGGUGUAACCUUGAAGAAAAAGUGGCACUGUCUUCAAAAAAGUGACCUGACUCUGGCUUUGGGAAAAGGCUCUAGGGCGGCAGAUAAGGCUGUUGCCAUGGUGAUGAAGGAGAUACCGAGGGAGGAGUCUGCUGAAGAAAAGCCCCUCCUUACUAUGACAUCACAGCUGGUGAAUGAACAGCAAGAAAGCAGACCCCUCCUGAGUCCCUCCAUCGAUGACUUUCUCUGUGAAACCAAAUCGGAGGCAAUAGCAAGGCCAGUAACGUCCAACACAGCUGUGUUGACCACAGGCUUAGACCUCCUGGACCUGAGCGAACCCGUCUCGCAAACCCAAACCAAAGUCAAGAGGUUGGAGGCCUCAUCGAAAACCUCAUCCCUCAAGAAGAAGGCUGAUGGAUCUGAUCUCAUCGGUGCGGAUGCUGAGCAGAGAGGCCAGCCUCCUCGAGGCCCGGAGACGUCAUCCUUAGAUUUAGACAUUCAAACACAACUGGAAAAAUGGGAUGAUGUUAAGUUUCAUGGCGAUCACAAGGGCCAUCCAAUGGCAGAGAGAAAAUCAUGCUCAUCUAGGACUGGCUCAAAAGAACUAUUGUGGUCCUCAGAGCACAGGUCUCAACCAGAGCUGAGCGGCGGGAAAAGUGCGCUGAACUCCGAGUCGGCGGCCGAGUUGGAGUUAGUGCCUCCCACACAGGCUCGGCUGACCAAAGAGCAGCGCUGGGGAAGUGCAUUACUCUCCAGAAACCACUCCUUAGAAGAGGAAUUUGAAAGGGCAAAAGCAGCAGUGGAGUCAGAUACAGAGUUUUGGGAUAAAAUGCAAGCAGAAUGGGAGGAAAUGGCCCGGAGGAACUGGAUAUCUGAGAACCAAGAAGCCCAGAACCAAGUCACCAUCUCAGCUAGCGAGAAGGGCUACUACUUCCACACUGAGAACCCCUUCAAGGACUGGCCUGGCGCAUUUGAAGAAGGUUUGAAAAGGCUGAAGGAAGGGGACCUCCCAGUCACCAUCCUGUUCAUGGAGGCAGCCAUUCUUCAGGACCCCGGGGAUGCAGAGGCAUGGCAAUUCCUCGGGAUAACCCAGGCGGAGAAUGAAAAUGAGCAAGCAGCUAUUGUCGCCCUCCAGAGGUGCUUAGAAUUGCAGCCCAAUAACUUGAAAGCUCUGAUGGCUUUGGCUGUGAGUUACACUAACACCGGCCAUCAGCAGGAUGCCUGCGAAGCUCUAAAGAACUGGAUUAAGCAAAAUCCAAAGUACAAAUACCUUGUGAAGAGCAAGAAGGGAUCUCCAGGCCUCACGCGGAGGAUGUCUAAGUCUCCAGUUGAUAGCUCUGUUCUGGAAGGAGUGAAGGAAUUAUAUCUGGAAGCUGCCCACCAAAAUGGAGACAUGAUCGACCCAGACCUGCAGACAGGUCUGGGGGUGCUGUUCCACCUGAGUGGGGAAUUUAAUAGAGCAAUUGAUGCAUUUAAUGCUGCCUUAACCGUUCGACCUGAGGACUAUUCACUAUGGAACCGUCUGGGGGCCACGUUGGCCAAUGGAGACCGCAGCGAGGAAGCCGUGGAGGCCUACACGCGUGCGCUGGAGAUCCAGCCCGGCUUCAUCCGCUCCAGAUACAAUCUGGGCAUAAGCUGCAUCAACCUGGGCGCCUACAGAGAAGCAGUCAGCAAUUUUCUCACUGCCCUCAGCCUGCAGAGGAAGAGCCGGAAUCAACAGCAAGUUCCCCACCCUGCCAUCUCCGGGAACAUCUGGGCUGCCCUCCGAAUCGCACUUUCUCUGAUGGACCAGCCGGAACUCUUCCAGGCGGCUAAUCUCGGCGACCUGGAUGUCCUCCUGAGAGCUUUCAACUUGGAUCCUUGAAGGAAAAGAAAAAUAAUAAUAAUAACCCUUUGUCUGUAUACAUCAUUGAGAAAUGCAAACCUGUUUUAUUUUUAAUUCUGAAAAGGUGAAACCAGAUGUUCGAAAUGCCGUGGUGAUAAAACCCAAGGGAAUUCCUACAGACAAUGCCCAGAUCUGUUCAGAUCCAAAAGCACAACAUGUUGUCUUAGAGAGUCAAGGUCAGCUCGAAAGAAGAACGAAGAGACUCAAGACAAACCAAAAUUAAAUAACUAUGUGAAUACCCUUUUCACAAACUGCAAGUUUAUCACAAAACAUCUUUGGGUUUUUGUCCCCACUUGUGGCUGAUGACACAUCUAAGGAGCUUGCUCGUGGGACACCUGGAGAAAGCACUGCCUCAGAUCAGGGAAUUCUGACGAUUUCUGAACUGUCCUCUGAAAUUCCCCCUUUUAGAAAGACUGAACAUAGUUUGGGCCGAGGUGCAUGCACAAAUAUUAACUCAACUAAGGAGAGGCAUUGCUUAAAUCUAUUCCAAUGUUAACUUCUACUGUAGCUUUUGAUUCCAGAGAAGGAGCUUUGCUGUCAAAAGCAGUUUUUGCACUAGAAAUUUUUGCUGUUCCCAAUCAAAACUUUUUUGGGACUGUAUAUAUGCACUUUAAUAUCUUAUUUAUGCCUUGCUGGAGUUUUGUUUGGUUGCUCCAAUUUUUAACGUGGGGGUAAAAGAUUUGAGAACUCAGCCUUGUUAGAUCAAUGGACCAAAUAAAAAUUCCUGAAAAUAGUUUUUUCAUAGGGUAGGGUUUUGAUGGAGUGUUUUUCUUAAAGCAGGUAUGACAUAGGGUAUAAAUAUGCAAACGCAGAUCUCAUUCACUUGUUGUCUGGGACUGUGUGAACUUAAACAGGAGAUAAGAUACUGUCCCUUCAUGCAUUGUCUGCAGGGCAAAAGUGUGAUGAUACCAUGAUUUCUACUGAGUUAACAUUAACUUGCUUAAAUAUCAUAUUUUCCUCGCUCACUAACUGUCCUGCACACUGAUAUUCCUUUUAAAUUGUUAACAUUUUAAAUAGUAUUUCUUAAGAGUGAUAAAUACAUUUUUCCUAACAAUGGUGUUUUUUUUUAGUUCUAUAAUAAUCUGCAUUGCUCACCCUUUUGCAUUCUAAGUGAGAAAGACCAGUAUUUCCAGCUGAAUCUCACUGGAUGGCAGAGGUGUCCUAGGAAAGAUGCGUGCCCCUCAGGCUCCCGUUUUGAACACUUAUCAAGUACCAGGGCACCCUGUUGGCAGUGGUGUUUUAUUUCAUUGAUUGCAUUCCAGUCGGUUCUUCGGAGUGUUUUGUGCUUGUUGGGGGCUUAGUGAUUGUUUGGACAGACAUCACUUUUUAAAGGAUUAAAAAGGUUGUUUGUAAAAUGCUAACUACAAUAUAGUUUCACCAAUACCCAGUUCUGGUAAUUUGUCCCAGUCAGUUGUCUCAUUCUUCUUCAGUUUGUCUCCCUCCUUCCUCCAAGCCUUCCCCAAGGCACUCCGAUCCCAGCUUUCUUCACGUUCUUUGGUCAGUAACAGCUGGUUAUACUAAUGACUAUAGCUACCAAGCAAAACAGCAUUCGCAUCAGGACAGUUCAGUUGAGGGGGAGGGAGCUUCUCCUUGUGUGGGGGGAUGUACACCCACACUGAACCGGAGGUGCAGGUAGAAGUUGUCUCCUCUGUUCCAUUCGAGAUUCUUGGCAUAGGGGAGGGGUCUCAGGUGAACAUGAAACCACGAAUCCUUGAGGCUUACACAUAUAGGGUGUCCAACCCGUGGUCCACAGGCCGUGUGUGGCCCAGGAUGGCUAUGAAUGUGGCCCAACACAAAAUCGUAAAUUUACUUAAAACAUUGUGAGAUGUUUUUGUUUUCAUUAGUGUUUGUGUAUUUAAUGUGUGGCCCAAGACAACUCUUCUUCUUCCUGUGUGGCCCAAAGAUGCCACAAGGUUGGACCCCUGCUCCAGAGUCAAGGGCGCUGAGGCAGAAGCUUGGACACUCUCAGUGGAAGCUCACUUGGGCCGGGGCACCUCCAGCUGGAUGGACAUCAGGAGGCAGAGGCCGUAAGGCGCUCACUGCUGGGCAGUGGUGACUCUGCGGUCACCGCCUACUUCCCUAAAGCUCAGCAAUAUUUGCAAGAACGGUAUUCUUGACAAUUUUAGAAUCCUAGAAACUUGGCGGAGGAAGGACUCGGGGCCAGCCUCCAACUCAUGGUAGCUGCCUGUUUGAGUAUCCCUGAUAGAAUAGCUCCCCGUCUUGGCAUGCCGCUUCCUCCUCCCCAUCUCUGUGCAUUCAGCUGGCCAGCUGACUCACAUCCAUUACAAAGCAACUUUCACAAAUGCUCUGUUUGUGAUAGCGUUCUAUACUUUCAAUGGUAACUGAAUUCGCACUAAUAAUUAUAGGCUGCUUUCUUAGCUCUGCAGCCACUAUGCACAUGAGAUCAGUAACAAUUUAACAUCUGACAGUGGGGUGGAUGUGCAAUACUUUGAUGUAACUUGAUGGUUGCCAAGUGGUGACAGAUUCAAGGGCCCGUUUUAAUUUGCUCUUUGAAUACAAAGCAACGUCAAACUCCAAGGAGUUGUUUUAGGGGAGAGUAAACAAUUUUCUGUUCUCAUCAUAAUUUGGUAAUUUGCAGAGCAUUUGGGAGGACUUUCUCCGAUAUAUCUAGUGUUCAUCAGAACUAAGAUUUCCAUAAGCUGUUUCCUGUUAAGAAGUGCAGAAUUAUUGCCCAGGACAUUUUUAAAUGAUAUUUUUAAUAAAAUUAAAUUAAAAGAGUUACUAAAAAGCAAGUCAGAGCACCACCCAAAAUUAAGUAGCUAAAUUUUAGAAGUCUUUAUUACGUACAUCUUUUUUUUUAAGUGUAUACACAUUUUUUAAGGCAAAACUUUUUCGGUAUCUUAUUGUCAUGGCAUAAAAUUGUCAUUUAUAUUACUCUUUUCACUUGAAAGAUUAGAAUGACUUUGGUUCCCUCUGAGGCACUCUGGGAAGGCUUUGAGUUUCUUUUUUCUUUUAUUACUCAGUAACAGCCCAGGAUCUCCUAGACGAUAAUACAAUUUUACAAGAGUGGCCGCUCAGUUGCAUAGGUGUGACUUGCAAGGACUGAUUUCACCAGCAGACUGAAUGAAAAUGCAGAGAAGGCCAGUGAUCGUUGCUGAAUUCCAGAUACAUUAUAUCUGUGUCUGGUGGGCUAUCUGUGCUGCUACGCCUUGAUGUGAGGAGGAGUUGGAGGAAUGGAGAAAGGGGGGAAGGAGUAAAGCGCUUACUUCCUGGGCCAUUCAUUGAGUCAUCAUUCCCUUUGCUUUCUCCCAAGAUCACACUCCCUGUGACUCCGUGAAAGAAAGGCAGCUCUUGUCCACAAAGACACUUCCAUAGAAAACUGUGAGCUGUGCUUUCUCAGCCAGAGUUUCAACUAAAACAGCAAAUUAAUGAUAUUUAACUGUGUUGGAAUGUCCAGGACACACUUACUUUCACGGUUUUAUGCCAUUUCUUCAUUCUUUUUCUUUAAAGACAGCUAGUGUAUUGAAUCUUGGGUCCAUGUUUAGAUACUCCUACUAGAUAAAUCUUUCGAAUAUAUUCUUGCUACCCAAGCAAAACUUAAACGCAAUUGUCCUAGUCCCACUUGUAACAGGAGCUCCCAAACUGUUUACCAUAAACUUUGCGAGCUCCUUUGGAAUAUAAAAAGCAAGAUGGGCUUUUUGUGUCCUUUCUCCAUUUGUCCCUGAAUCAGUUCCACAGCAGUGGGCUGUACUUUCACUGGUUGCUGCUGUUCUCUUCUGCCUUGAAAUGCUUCUGGAAGCAUUCUAGAAACAGGGUAUUCUGAAGGCUUAAUUCACAUGCCAUCUUUUUCAGGCCUUCUAUUAUAGAAAUUAUUGCACAUACGUAAUUUAAUGCACAUACAUCAUUUUAACUUUGUAAAAUAAUUUCAAGUUCACUCCCUCUCUGGAUUUUGCUACACAGUUUCUCUAUCUUCUCAGUAUUUACAGAACUGGUUGAACUAUAAACUGUUUUGAAUUAAGAAGUAGAUACAUAUUUUUUUGAAGAGUGUUGGGAGAUGAACUCUGGCAUAAGGUUUGUAAAAAGGGAAUUUUGAAAAAAUAAAACAUUUAACCUCAGGUACAAAAAUAAUGCAUGCAUUAGUACUUGCAAAUCUGCCUACUUAAAUUAUUAACCAAAGCAUGCAAUAUAACUUUACUGAAUGUAAAUUUACCCAGAGCAUGAUUAAGUUUCAUAGGUUAGCUUAUUCUCCCUUGCUUCUGAACAAGGAAGCAUUUUCAUGACCUUUGUGUUACAGUUUUUGUAUUUGUUUUUAAUAUCCUGUCCUUGAGAUUGUUUACAGGCCCUCACACCGAACUGGGCAGAUAUUCAUGUGUCUGUUUGAGCAGAGUUGCAGCCAGUGCCAAACUAACCCGCUGAGGAAUCCAGGUACUUGGACAUCCAGAUGAUUUUAACAACCAGUAGAGGCAAACAGAUCUAAACUUAAGCAAAAUCCAUGUUAUCUGAAAGCUCCUAAACACAAUCGUGUUGAUGGCUUCAGCUCAGCUUUGGGUUCUAAAUGCUGAAUAGUGCAUUUGAAAUUGUUUUCUAAAAGUUUUAGGAAUUAGAAAUACUGACAUUCUAAAUAAGGUGAGGGGUUAGGGUAACGCCAGGCACAUGAAAACCACUACAAAGCGAAGUGAACAUGGGGCCUUAAUGGAUAUCCACAAGUGUCACGUAGCUAGUGUGCAGAUGCCGCCCCGUUGUCCUCAGCACAGCCCUGUCCAGACAGUAGGCCGGCUACUUGGGUCCAUAACCCUAAAGAAGCUGGACUUGGUCAAUAUGUCUAAAAACAUUGAAAUUCAGGGGUGAUGAGGUGAUUUCAGGGUCACUCAGAACAACUCUGAAAUCUUCUCACUGCCUUUUUUUUUGGUCAUCCCUGAUGUAUGAAAAAAUGAGGACAAGGAAACUAGAAUUGGAAGGAGCAAAGCUCAGUAAGGCAGUAAGGGCUCUUACCACAGAGCAGCUCUGUCACCAUUUCACACCCCUCCAGCCCCCACACAUACACAUGAGCUCCAAGACAGAACCCCCAAACACACAGCAAAAACCCUUGCAUAGAGGCAUUAAACAGUUAAGAGGAGAAAAAAAAAAAACUGAAGUGUGAGGUUUAACAAACUCACCUAUGGUAUUUUGCCUUGAGUUAAGUUUCCGCUACUUGCAACCUUCGCAGAAUGACCAAAACGACACGCUCUGCAAACAAGGGCCCCAGUCUCGGAAUAGGUUUCUCAGGACCUUCUCUGCGAGAGCGAGCUAACUUGCAAUGUCGCGGAGUGUCGUAGCAAAGCCCUGACAGGCUCCGCGGGACCCGUUUAGAAAGCUGCUCUCAAAAUAAUAUUAAGAUGAAAAAAAGGACAUUUGUUCAACCAUAAAAUGUGUUUUUUUUCUUCGAGGCCCUUGGAGAGGGCAAUGGCGUGACACAGAAAGGAUCAGGAGAUAGACCCACUCAGCCAGGUAGGUGGUGAGGCACGCUCACUGAGGCACAGGGGACGCGCGCACAGACACUGCACGGGAAUCGCGCCGUGUGAGCGAGUGCUCACGGCUGGGAAGGUUUCCGGUAGUUAAAGGAGAUAUAGCAAGCCUAAAUUUUUACCAACUUCCUUUCAAUUUUCCCCAUACCGUCUAACCUGAACCCUCUUCAAUUUUCAUUGCCCAAGUUUGUUUACAUCGGUUGAAGAAUAAAACCUGAUUAAUUUAAUAAACUUUUUACAAACUAUAACAGCAUUUAUUAACUAUUUAGAAAAGACAUUUCUAUAUAUUUUGUAUAUCUAUGAAUACUGUACAUCUGGUCUAACCUAAAAAUAUUGUUUUGAGACAUUCUUCUGUGAUGCUUCCUUAUUAUGCUCAGUAAUGUUUAAAAUCUUGCAAUUUCAUUUUUAAGCUAAAAUAGAUAUCAAAGAGGAAUUUAACUUAAAUGUUUACAUUGAGUUGCUAAAUACCCCAAAUUAAGUGACCCAUAGUAAAUUAAUGGCAAUGCGGGGGAGGGGUGUAAAAGUUACUGGCAUACUACAUGGUAAUAUGUCUGUGUAUUUAGUGAAAUAUUAUGUAUUGUAGCACAACUCUGUUGGGUAUUAAAGCUUCUUCUUAGUAGUUCUGUGUUGUUCUUUGAAAUAAAAUUACCACCAUAAAAA